CAAGUUUAAGUUGUGAACAACUAAAAUAAAUUCAAUAGUUGUGGAAAGCUGCAAAAUACUGGACUUGAAAAUAAAAAGAAAGCAGUCCUAAUAUAUAUAAAAAAAAAUUAAAUUUCGCAUUUUAUUAAAUUCGAUUAAAUAAUCGAAUUGGCAUUCUUUAAAAACCAAAAAAUUAAGGCAAACUGAAAUCGGAUUUCUUAUUAACCAAUUGUCGCAAACUUUUGAUACUUUAUUCAGAAAUGGUCCAUCCCCUGGACACAAUGUCGUAUAUUAAGACGAAUGCCGCAUUCAAACAUAACUGGGCAUGUUGGCGUUUUCUGGGAAUGCAUCCCACUGAACGAUACAAAGCUCUUUAUGCGAUCUAUUCGAUGGUCCUAAAUAUUACAAUUACUUUGUUCUACCCCUCCUCCUUGGUAAUUGCGGUUUUUCUGUCAGAUAACAUCAAGCAAAUUCUGGAGGCUCUGGUAUUAACAGCGACCAAUGUAGCGUGCAGCAGCAAACAGAUCAACGCCUUCCUUAGGCGAAGUGACAUUUUGGCUAUAGAAAGCCUCCUUCCAAGGCUGGAUUCAAGAGCCCACCACAGUGACGAACAAAGGAUUCUGAAGGCGAUGAUCAAAACAUCCUAUACAUUUUUCUAUGUAUACUUUGUCGUUUACGUUUCGACUGGUCUUUUGAGUGAGAUUGCAACAUUAUUUGCGACUAAUAAAAGGCUUAUGUAUCCUGCAUGGCUUCCUUUCGAUUGGAAAUCUUCUAACUUCAACUACGCUGUUGCAAAUAUCUAUCAAUUUGUCGGGAUCAUGGUUGGAAUUGUCCAGGAAUGUGUUAAUGAUACAUUUCCAGCAAUUUAUAUGGGCGUUCUUACGGGUCAUAUCCAGGCUUUAAUGAAAAGAAUAGAACGAAUUGGAACAAAUACGAGAAUUUCAUUAGAAAGAAACUAUGAGGAGCUGGUACACUGCAUUCAGGAUUAUCAAAUUUUAAAACAAUAUUACAACGUAUUGCAACCUAUAACAUCAGGAGCUCUCUUCUUACAGUUUUUCGUAACUGCUAUUGUGGUAUGCAUCACAGCAGUUUACCUGGUCUUUGUUGAUGGAAGUGCAUUUGAUAUGAUUUACCUCGGGUUUUAUUUCGCGUGCAUCCUUAUGGAAAUUUUAUUGAGCUGCUACUAUGGAAAUGAAUUACUGUAUGAAAGUCAUUUGAUUACCAAUGCUAUCUAUUCCUGCAGUUGGACGGAACAGAGUGAACGUUUCAAAAAAGUCAUGAUAAUCUUUAUGCAAUCAACCCAAAUGGAUAUGUCUGUGAAAGCUGGGGGAUUAAUAAACGUCAAUCUGGAAUCGUAUAUGGCGGUCUUAAAAAGCUCAUAUUCACUAUUUGCUGUUCUGAUCAAGGCCACCUAAUUGAGCGGAUAUAUCCAGAGCAUCACAGGAUCAUAGAGAAAUGCGUAUUCGUUCUCAUGUACGAACUAGUAAACAAACCGCGGCUUCAUUAAUUUUGAUAAACAAGUAGAGGUUUCACAUAUUUUAUUUGAAAAGCUGAUCUACGGUCAUGCAACGACGAAAUCAACAACUGACAAAUAUAAUUUAAAAUAUAAUCAAUUGUUAAAGUUUAUGAAUUCUAGUUAUGUUAAUUUCCUAUGGCAGGCCUACCAUCAAGGAAUCCCGUUUCUAAAAUCAUGGUUAGUACAACUUAGUUAAGGGUGAGGAUUGCCUGCGAAAAUUCACCGAAAAAGUGUUCAUGAGUCUAGAUUGCAGCAAACAAUUAGGAUGAAAUGAAAUUCAUUACGAAUAAAGUUU